GUAUCUACAGAUUCAUAGUCAAUCUGUAUUAUUAUUGUAUAAUGUAUGUAUUUCUUUUGUAUUUCGCGCAGCUAACCUGUACAAUUUUAAUUGCUUGAUAUGUUUACCUCCAUACUGGACAUGUAACAUUGAUUUGAUACGAUGUCACCAAUGCAUUUCACAUUAUCUAGCAGAGUGCUGAAUGCCAACAGGAGCGCGAGCCAUUUGUGAGGCCUUUGUAGCCUUUUGCUCCUGCUCCCGUUUCUGUAAUAGAAGCAAAAGUAAACCUUCACCUUCAAUCUUCGCACGAAAAUCUCCCGAAAAAAAAUAAAUAGAAGCUCGUUGUUGCUGUUGUAGUAGGCACUUGGUGUACGUGGCACCAAGCCGCUUGAUUCGGUGGCGUUCGGCGUUGUUUUGCCAUUGAAAAUCCCGUUUGUGGUUUUCGUAGCUUGCGUUUCCCGUGCCCACAAAAAAUCACUUCUUGCGCAUGAAGAAUGCCGAUGUGUCGCAUCAAUUUGGAUCAUAAAAAUUCCGUCGGCAGUAUAUGUAAUCGAAAUGGCUCGUUAAACUUUCGUGUGUAGCCUAUGUCAUCAGGUAAACACCUGAUGACAUACAUUUACGUGCCAUGUACUUAACUGCAUAUGCGCUACGCUUUGCCUUCGGUCUCAUCGCAUAGUACUCUCAGCACUCCGGAAAUCUUUAGUACUAAGUUCCGAGUUAUGACGCUGUGCGGUGCUACCGAAUUGCCAUUCUCGUGACAUCACUGCAAGAUUUAGCGUCAUCGGGGCGCGUCGCCAUAGAAUUAUGAAAUCAGAAGAGGUGCGGACGUCCAGAUUUUCUCUGUGUUCCUCACUACUCCCUUGACAACAAGGCGCGCUAAUGGGGGUUGGUUAGACUGUUAUUGUAUACACGCCGAACCGCUACCUUAAAGCGCCUCCUCUUAUUAUUAAGGUGAAAGCCUUAAGUAGCUCGUUGCAAUGGCUCACAGAAAUUGCAACGAAAAUUGCUCACAAAUUGCUCACAGAAUUCCUCACAAGCAACAAAUUGCUCACAGAAAAAUAAGCGGCGUCAGGUCCAGUGAUACAAAAAAAGUUGACGAGUAGCGCAAAAAAUAUCACCAUCAGCAAUAGCUCGAUCAUACCAACAUAAUUUCGAAUGGCUCAUACCCCCGUAAGCAUCCAAAGAUGCGAUGGCUGAAUAUGAAAGUAGAAACGAAAGAAAGAAAGAACGAAAGAAGGAAAAAAUGAACGAAAGAACAAAGAAAGAGGGAACAAAGAAACCGAGAACAAAAGAAAGAAAAAUAAGAAAGAAAGAAAGAGAGAGAGAAAGGAAAAAAUGAAGAAAGAAGGAAAGAAAGAAAAGAUAAAUACGAAAAAAAAUGAGAGAACGAAAGUACCUUUACCUACUGCAUUAGGUGCUCGCAUGCGUCGUUGAGGAGAUCGACCUACAGCGCAAUACACUUUACUUCCCACUGCAGCUCGUUAUGUCUUGCAAGAAGUCUGACCUCUCCGAUCGGAUAUAAUGCAUUACCACGUGUACAGCAGUCUUUCACCUUCACGUGUUACAGGAGUGUAACAUGCUGUCGAUUUUUUUUUUUUUUUUUUUGUCUGCGUUUACCCACGUUUUUGUGCUUUCUUGGUUUAAUAUAGCAAGCGUUUCGUGAUAAUAUCUUACAAGGCUUUCCUGGCAAUAUCCGUAACAAAAGUCACCCAUUGAGCGAAAACUUAUCAUCGUUCUCUUUCAACUUGAUCUUAAACUAUCUAAUCGGGAGCGUCGAUUCUACCUGCUCCUGUUUUUAUCCUGAAACAGAAUCAUUCGAUAUAUAUUUGUUUCUUAUUUGGCCUAGCCGCUGCGCUGUUCUCGAUUUGCAUCUCAAAAUUUAAUUUUAUCACUUGAACAGUCAAUUCAUUGCCUUGCUAUAAUUCGUGUUUAUGUGGAAGGAUUAAGUCCGUAUACAUUAGCUGCGCUGGGUGCUUAACUUUAACAGGUUUCUCUGCUGAUGUCUUUUCGCUUAGAAAGUGUUAACUGUUUCUGCAGUAUCAAUUUUGUAACCAUGGCAGUGUUCUCCUUCGGCAACAGUUUGCGCAACCUUUGUGCAGGCGUCGUGAAGAGUGUCCGUAGUGCUUCUAUUGGGGCCGAAUUCUUGGGUCGUUGCGGACGCCAUUUACUGCUCAAGUACAACAUUGACACUGGUGCUUUUUACAAGGUCGUCGAGCGUUUUUGCCUGGUCACACAUCUCUGCUACGCAGUGGUUGAGAAGUACAGUGACAACAUGACGUUGUUUCAAGACAAAAUUGUGGACUGUUACCGAAGAUACGCCUUGUUGGUUGUCGCAACGCGCCCUGAUCUUCUCGGCGAGGAACUGAGCAAUAACAUCGACAAGAUUACAAGGGAAACUAGGGUAUGCAUGAAGAAGAGAAUGCCGAAGGACAAAGACGUCAUGCUGGGCGUGAUCCGCUACAUACGGCGACUCUUCUUCAUGGCAUGAUCCUACUGAAAUGCUGUGUGCCAACGGACUUUUAUAUAUCUAUUUUAUUCCAUUGAGUUGACGGCAGCCACUGAUACAUGGUGACUGCAUGUCCUUCCAUACGGAUUAGUUGCAACGUGUGGAAACUGAUCACCUGAAGUUUAGUAGUCGCAAUACGUAGCCAUCGGACAUCAGCAAUGUUGCUUUCCAACUUAAAGAUUUAUAGUGCACCAUACUCUCUUUUGCUUUACGCAUCAGAAAACUUAUUUUCUGAUAUUAAUAAUCUCACCGCACACAUUCUUUCUUGAAAUUUUUGCCCCUUUUAAGUAAACCCACUCCGCUUCGUUAUGCAUAAGCCGGUAUUUCGGCAGCGCUUACUCCGCGAGCAAUACUGAGAGUGAGGAUAUCGAGCAGUCUUCCUUAAAACCCACACAAAUAAAUUCACACGACAGUAUCGCCAUGACGCAGCUUGUGGCAGUAAAACACGUACUUGCGCUCUCACGUUCUCGAGUGGCAAGACAAUUUAACAUUCGGAGGCCGUUUCUUUCGCGCUCACGUAGCCUACAGCAGGCUAAGCUGAUGCACCCCGCGUCCGUGACAUUUUUGUGAAUGCUUAAGUCAAGCAUGACAAAAACUUGCAGACGAGAGAACAACGCCACAUAACGUUUUAAGAGGUCAUUGCGUAAAUGCAGAGGUUGGCGUGGCUCAAGCAACACUAGACGUAGCUUAAGCCGCAGUGUGUCACAGUGUGUCAAUCGGCUGUUCAAGCGGUAAUGAUUCGCCGGAGAAUCACGUGACCGUCGAAUCACGCGAACGGCGCCGCGCACGUUUCAGCGACCGCGUUUCUUCGUUUCACCUUCGGACACGCCAAGCCCUCUAUGCUCUUGCAAAA